UUUCUCUCCUUUUCUACCGGCUCUACAGGUGGUCGAAAUUGGACUCUCCGAUGGCCGCACCUUUUACAAAAUCGCCCGCGAGGCAAAACAACCGAGUCCACAUUCUUUGAAGAUGCGGCCGGAACCGAAGCAGGGCAGCCUAUGAGUCCGGUGCAGGCCAUGAGUCGGCCCGAGGUGUCUCCAACUUUUGGUGACGAAAGGAGAAAGUUCGGUACAUGGGUGCGCACAAACAACACCAGUGUGCACCGGAGUACACAACCGUCCAGUUCUGUUUCAACCCCCCUCGUCCUCUGUGUGCAUGUGCACACGAGCACUCGACAUCGUUUAUGCAAACUUGGCUCAGCCAGCAGGCUUGAAAGUUGGGCCCUCGAGGCACAUGUCCGUGGGCACCUGUCGUCGCAAGAACGGGGAGUUUGCAUUCGACGGCAGUACACAACGGAAGAAGGGAGAUGCCAACCACAUGUUUGGCUUGGUUUCAGCCAGAUUCCGGACGCCAUGCACCCAAGUAUGAGUGACAGAUUGAUACCCUCGCAUAUUGUGCCACAAGAGAUGGGAUAUCCCAUGCCAAGCUUCAUCAGUCGAUUGGACCUCCUCGUCGUCUGA